AUGGCAUCCACUGAGGAGACACCCAUCAAGCAAGAGGCUGAGGCCCCGGCGGCAGAGGCUCCCGUAGAAGAGACACCCGCGCAAGAGCCUGAAAGCUCGCUCGAGACUGAUCAAGUCGAUGGCGCUGGCGCACCGGCAAAGGGUGCUGAUUUGGUCGACACCCCAUACAAGGUAGAGGUCAAGCUUGCCGACUUGCAGGCAGACCCCAACAACCCUCUGUUCUCGGCCACGUCGUUUGAAGAGCUUAAACUAUCCGAGGCGCUGCUGAAGGGCGUUCGCAACAUGAACUUCCGAAAACCCUCAAAGGUCCAAGAAAAGGCCCUGCCGCUGCUUCUGAUGGACCCGCCUCAAAACAUGAUUGCGCAAUCCCAAUCAGGAACUGGCAAGACAGCUGCCUUUUCACUGAACAUUCUCUCUCGCAUCGACCUUUCGAACCCCAAUCCGCAAGCACUCGCGCUCGCACCCAGCCGAGAGCUCGCCCGUCAAAUUCUAGGCGUCAUCACACACAUGGGUCAGUUCAUGGACGGUCUCACAACUAUGGCCGCAGUUCCUGAUCCGUCAAGGAAGGGGCAAGCAUACAAUGCCCAGGUUCUUGUCGGCACACCAGGGACAGUCCAGGAUAUGCUGAGGCGCCGUCUGAUCAACAACAAGUCCAUCAAGAUUCUGGUUCUGGACGAGGCUGACAACAUGCUGGAUCAGCAGGGCAUGGGUGAGCAGUGCACUCGUGUCAAGGCGCUCCUUAACAAGGAUAUCCAAACUGUCCUCUUCUCCGCUACUUUCCCACCCAACGUUAUCGCAUACGCCAAGCGCUUCGCACCCAACGCCAACUUGAUCACCCUGGCGCACGACGAGCUGACUAUCGAGGGCAUCAAGCAGCUAUACAUCGAUAUCGACAAGGACAACGACAAGUACUCGACUCUACUCAAGUUCUACGGUCUGAUGACACAAGCCUCAUCAAUCAUCUUCGUCCGAACCCGAAGGACCGCUGAAGAGCUCGAGAAGCGCAUGGUUGCAGAAGGCCACAAGGUUGCACAACUCAGUGGUGCUCUCGAAGGUCCUGAGCGUGAUCGCAUCAUCGACCAGUUCCGCUCUGGAGAAGCCAAGGUGCUCAUCACUACCAACGUGCUCGCUCGUGGUAUCGACGUCGAGUCUGUUACCAUGGUCAUCAACUACGAUGUACCCACUAUGGCAAAUGGAAUCGACGCAGACCCGGAAACCUACCUUCACCGCAUUGGUCGUACCGGUCGCUUUGGACGUGUCGGUGUCGCCCUCACCUUCAUCCAUGACAAGAACAGCUGGCAGCAACUGCAUAACAUCGCGUCCUACUACAAGACUGAACUGUAUCCAAUCGACACUUCAGAUUGGGACGCUGUUGAGGACAUGAUCCAGAAAAUCAUCAAGUCAUCACGAGCCGGCAAGAGUACCGAGGAAAUGACGGAGAUGAUUACGAAAGGAUCGUAG